AUGAAUAGAUUUUUAAAGAUCGAUUUGGGGAAAUUUAAAAUCGACCUUAAAGUAGUGGUUGAUUUAGUAAUUUUAACCGGAGCUGGACUUUGUACUUAUUAUUUAUUAAAUCAUGUACUUAAUGAUUAUAUUGAUCCAACCGUAAGAAAUAAAGAAUCAGAUAAAAAAGGUAAAGGAAUACUUAGAAAGAUUCAAGCAGCCAAUCCUCAACUUCGAGAUGUUACAUUUAAUCAAUAUGAAAAGACUCUUUUAAGUUCAUUAGUAUCACCAGAAGAAAUUAGUGUAACAUUUAAUGAUAUUGGAGGUUUACAAAAUAUAAUAGAUGAAUUAAGAGAAGCCGUUAUUUUACCAUUAACUGAACCUCAAUUAUUUGCAGUUCAUCUGAAUCUUAUUCAAUCACCCAAGGGAGUAUUAUUUUAUGGACCACCAGGUUGUGGGAAAACAAUGUUAGCAAAAGCUAUUGCCAAAGAAAGUGGAGCAUUUUUCUUACUGAUUAGAAUGUCUACAAUAAUGGAUAAAUGGUAUGGAGAAUCUAAUAAAAUUACUGAUGCUAUAUUUUCUUUAGCAAAUAAAUUACAACCAUGUAUAAUUUUUAUUGAUGAAAUAGAUUCAUUUUUAAGAGAUCGAUCAUCUAAUGAUCAUGAAGUAAGUGCAAUGAUAAAAGCAGAAUUUAUGACAUUAUGGGAUGGAUUAAAAUCAAAUGGUAGAAUUAUGGUAUUAGGAGCUACUAAUAGGAAAAGUGAUAUUGAUGAAGCAUUUCUAAGAAGAAUGCCCAAAACUUUUGCUAUUGGGAAACCUAAUGCAAUUCAAAGAAAAUCUAUACUUUCUAAAAUUUUAAAGGGGGCUAAGAUUGAUGAAAAUGAUUUUGAUUUAGAUCUUAUUGUUUCAAGUACAAGAGGAUUUAGUGGAUCUGAUUUACGAGAAUUAUGUCGAGAAGCUUCAAUUUUACCAGUUAAAGAAUAUAUACGAGAGAAUUAUGAUUAUAGUAGUGGGAAAUUAAAUAAAGGUGAAGCCGAUGAUAUUCCUGUUAGAUCAUUAAGAACUUCUGAUUUUAUAACUACUGAAUCAAUUCCACCUUCAACUAUAGACUAA